UCGAGGCGGGUGAUCUGGAGCGCAGAGACAUUAUAAUCACCAAUUACGCACAACGGACAACCGGUACAGCUAGUGCCUAACUUGUGGGAUGUACACAUUUGAAGUAACACAGUUAUUGGAGCUUGCAACAGCGCGAUUCACGCUUGUUUUGACACAUUUCAGUUAAGAGAAAGAGAGAGCAAGAGGGCGGGAAAGGAAGAGACCUACGUUAAUGUGGGGUGAUGCCCUCCCCUUGCCAAAUGUCUACCCCCGAGAUGGUGACACACUCCUUCAUAACCCCAAUCUCGCAGCUCCACUAGCAGACUAACAGCCAUCGGAACUCUUUCAAUCCUGCUCACCAAAUGACGAUUAUUUUAACGAAGCAGCCGUUCGACACCGCGCAUGACUGAGAAUACUGAGCCUAUGACGAAAAGUAAAAUAUAGCAAAGUAUCAAAUCCGUUUUCAAAAUACCUUCUCAAGGCCGCACAGUGUUUGCUUUGAACAGGAGUUCCCCCUUCCCACCAGCGCAUCUUGUAAACCCCCCUUGUAUAUGUGCAUGGUCCUGGAACCCGGAGCGCAUUCCCAGCCCUUGCUGGUGAUGCUAUGCCCCGCAAUCACAGCGGAGAUGAGGGCGGCAGCACAGGGCUCUGGAUGAAGACAUCUCCAGGCCGUCGAGCUCAGGAAUACGGACUGAAAGAUGUGGAGUCCGGCCAGAGUGCAAUGAACAACGCGGUGCGGACGGGCGACGGUCUGUUGUCGGCAGGAGGUGGCGGUUCUUCGCCGGGGACGACAGGUGCAGGAGGCGCGGAGUGCCAGAGGAGGAAGCAGGGCGCCCGUCUGAGUCUCCUCGGAAAGCCGCUUACAUACAGCGCACAGAGCGGCCGUAGGAAUGCCCGCUACCGCAAGCUCCAGAACUACCUCUACAACGUCCUGGAGAGACCAAGAGCUUGGGCUUUCGUCUACCAUGCUUUUGUGUUCAUCCUGGUCUUUGGCUGCUUGAUUCUAUCGGUGUUGUCCACCAUUCCGAUGUAUCAGGACCUGUCCUCUCACUGCCUCCUCAUACUGGAGUAUGUGAUGAUCGUGGUGUUCGGCCUGGAGUACAUCAUCCGCGUGUGGUCGGCCGGGUGCUGCUGCCGCUACAGAGGAUGGCAGGGCCGACUGCGCUUUGCCAGGAAGCCAUUUUGUGUCAUAGAUGUCAUCGUCCUCAUUGCGUCUAUCGCUGUGUCAGCUGGCAGCAAAGGCAACAUCUUUGCAACGUCGCUGCGAAGCCUCCGUUUCUUGCAGAUCCUGCGCAUGGUGCGCAUGGACCGACGGGGUGGCACCUGGAAGCUGCUGGGAUCUGUAGUUUACGCACAUAGCAAGGAGCUGGUGACCGCCUGGUACAUGGGCUUCCUGGUCCUCAUCUUCUCCUCCUUCCUGGUCUAUCUGGUGGAGAAGGAGUUCAACAAGCAGUUCGCCACCUACGCUGAUGCACUCUGGUGGGGGACGAUCACCCUCACAACUAUUGGCUACGGGGACAAGACUCCGCAGACCUGGACUGGGCGGCUGCUCUCAGCUGGCUUCGCUUUGCUCGGCAUCUCGUUUUUCGCCCUCCCUGCGGGUAUCCUAGGUUCAGGCUUUGCUCUUAAGGUCCAGGAGCAGCACAGACAGAAGCACUUUGAAAAACGAAGAAACCCCGCAGCCUGUCUCAUCCAGUGUGUUUGGCGUAGCUAUGCGGCUGAUGAGAACUCGGUUUCCAUUGCUACCUGGAAGCCUCAUUUGAAGGCUCUGCAUACCUGCAGCCCUGUAAAGAAAGACCAGGGAGAGACCACCACCAGUCAGAAGCUGAGCUUUAAGGAGCGCGUGCGGAUGGCCAGUCCGCGCGGCCAGAGCAUCAAGAGCCGCCAGACGACGGUGAACGACCGGCGCUCGCCGGGCACCGACGUGGGCGUGGAGGGUACCAGCCCGGCCAAGGUGCAGAAGAGCUGGAGCUUCAACGACCGCACGCGCUUUCGCCCCUCGCUCCGUCUCAAGAGCCAGUCACGCACCGUGCCUGAAGCAGACACUAACCCAGGAGCUGACGAGGCUGUGGAUGAGCGGGGCUGCCACUGUGACGUGACAGUCGAGGACCUGUCCGCCCCUCUGAAGAGUGUCAUCAGAGCUGUCAGAAUUAUGAAGUUCCAUGUAGCCAAGAAGAAGUUCAAGGAGACUCUGAGGCCUUACGAUGUGAAGGAUGUGAUUGAGCAGUACUCAGCAGGCCACUUGGAUAUGCUGUGUCGAAUCAAAAGCCUGCAGACCAGGGUGGAUCAGAUUCUGGGCAAAGGGCAGAUACCAAUGGACAGGAAAAUGAGAGAUAAGGUCCACCCAGAAGGAGACACGCUCGAGGAUAUGAGUAUGCUUGGGCGAGUGUGCAAGGUGGAGAAACAGGUGCAGUCCAUUGAGUCCAAGCUGGACUCGCUGCUGGACAUCUACAGGCAUGCCCUGCAGAAGGGCUCCUCCUCUGGCCUCACGUUGGCCUCGCUGCCCUUGUUCGAGCUGGAGCAGACGUCCGACUACCCCAGCUCUGUCCAGAGCUCGGAGCACGCCUUCCCCACGCCAGCCGCCCACCCGAGCCGCGGGGUGCUGCGCUCGCACAGCGCCAACCUGCCCCACGGCCUGCAGCUCAUCCUGGCGCCGAGCGAACUGAGCCUGGGCGCCGGCCCGCCGGGCUACCCCACGUCGGCGUCCUCCUUCACGCCCUCGCCGUCGCCGCUUUUCCACGGCCCGUCGCCCUCGUCCGCCGACAGCAGCUUGUACCCCGGCUCGCCGCCCCCGAUCCUCACGCCCGGCGCCCUCUCGGGCCAGCUGCAGUUCCCCAGCCUGGCCAGGCCCACGCCCACCAUGCCCGUCACCUGUCCCACCACCGCGUCUCCCUCCACCGCCGCCGCCACCACCACCCUUCAGCUGCCCGCUGCGGUGGCCCCAGUUCCGGUGGCGGGGCGGCUGGUGGGGAUGAUCCCCGAGCUGGUGCCCGAGGGCGGGGUGGUUCAGGAGGACUCCCCCAGCGCGUGCCUGGCCACCAGGUCCACAGAGGUCAGCACAAACAGCAGCAGCAGCAGUGCAGAGCACCCUGGGAACGCUAUCCGGCUCCGGAGCCGCGCUCCGCGGAGCCCCAAGGAAGACGGCUCCUGGAGGAGACACCUGAGCCUGGACGUGGACCCUCUCCUGCUGCUGCGGCCCGACGACGACGCCGCCUCCACGGACCGCAAUCUGGGCAAGUCCCUGUCCGUGCAGAACCUCAUGCUGCCGUCGAGCACAGACAGCAACCCCCCAGGCACCCCUCUCACGGGUGGCAGUGGCGGUGGUGGUGGUGGCAACAACAAUAACAACGAGCACCACACAGGCCAAGAGGAGCCCCUGGCGAAAUGGGGGGAGACAGAACUAUUCAUCGCAGACAGCAGCGAAUUGAGCACGCCGACCCUGGGAACGUUCGACUUCCUCUCUCAGCAGAAUACGGACCUGAGCUUUGUCUCUGAGCACUGA